AUGACUCCAUCAACAACAACAUCAUCUCGACGCAACCAACCACGCGUCCUCCACUCUGAUGAUGAGGACGUAACCUCCUCCACAUCCACUCGCCAUCGAAUCGUGUACAAUCCUCACAAGAUCGAUCGUUCCAAACGUGUCGCUCCCGGUUGCGAAAUUAAUCUCACCAACAUCCUCUCGGCUUCUAAAACUCGAAGCAGAAACAAUGUCAACUAUAAGGCAUUGGACAAUGGAGUGAAGUCUUCCUCGAAGAAGAGUCAAAAGAAACAAGAAGAACGAGAGGAGGACAAGGAAAAUGUGGUCAAUCAAAGUUCUCUACCACAAGAGAAGAAGGAUCACGAUGAAGAAUCGGUCCAUGAAGAAGAAGAAGAACAGGAGGCUGUCACUACCACUUCUUCAGUUCCUGCUCAAAGUGUUGAAUUGAUUCCUUCCUUCUCUGAUGCCAAUGACGAAAUGGAUGAUUCAUCUGUUUAUCUUGUUGGUCUCUCCUCUCACAUCAAAACGCUCUUGUCGGAAAAGCUUGGAGCAGUCAUGCCUCAAACCAAUCUCAAAAAACAUCGUCGAACCUUUGGAAAUCAACGUUUACCAUUGGCCAUUGUCGAAUGGGGUCGAAUUUGGUCAACCACUGCCAAGAGUACCAACUCGAUCAAACUUUUCAAAUGUAACACUACCGAGUUGAUAUUCGAUUCUCUUGAAUUCACUGAAAUGGAUUUAGAAGAAGAAGAAAAGAACACCUUUGCCUUCUUGAAGGGAACCAACGAUCGAGUAAUCAUUGGCUCAGGUACCGAUACUCUUCUGGUCGUUAAAUUGGAGGACGGUAAGAAUUGUGAGGACUUGCCUGUCUAUGCUUUGAAGGACUCGUCUCCCUCUGAGGCAUUUGGUCCAUUCAAACUCUCAUGGAUUCUUAAGAAUUGUGAGAGUGAUGGUGAAGAUGUUGAUUCUCAACAACAAGAUUGA